CGAUCAGAUGGUGGCGUUAAACAACGUAGCGCAAUCUAGGAACUAACGCUUAUAGAAGAGUUUCGUACCGGGCGUUUUUCAGAAACGUACCGUCCAGCUGUCAAAGAUCUCUUCCGUUUAUAAAGAACAACAACAGAGAGUUUAAGCAGUGUCCCUCUGACCUGAGGCUGUGCGGGGACUUUAACACGCGGGUGUCGUCGUUAUGCGGUUCACGCAACAUCACACCAGUUAACUUUUGGACAUUAUUCACUGUUACACCGUCAAACAUGGAGAAAUUUGAAGGGUAUAUCUUCACCGCGCUGUGCAGCAGCAACUUCCUCAUCUCCUGCCUGCUGUUCUCCGCAGUGACCCGGGAGCAGAGGCUGCCCUACAUGGACGAGGUGUUCCACGUCCCACAGGCGCAGAAAUACUGUCAGGGCAGAUUCACAGAGUGGGACCCGAUGAUCACCACCCUCCCAGGCCUGUACCUCAUCUCCGUGGGGGUCAUCAAGCCCGUGGUGUGGCUGGCUGACCUGACGGGCGCGGUGGUAUGCUCCACGGCGAUGCUGCGCUUUGUCAACCUGCUCUUCAACUGCGGCAACCUUUACCUGCUCUACCUGCUCAUCUGCAAGCUGCACCUCAGGGAGAAGACACGAACAACAUCACGCCGCGUCCUGUCAGCGCUGUCUCUCUCCACCUUCCCCGUGCUCUACUUCUUCAACUUCCUCUACUACACGGACGCCGGAUCUACUUUCUUCAUCCUCUUCACCUACCUCAUGACGCUCUACGGUUGCCACAAGGCCUCGGCGCUCCUGGGUGUGUGCUCUGUGCUUUUCCGUCAGACCAACAUCAUCUGGGUGGCGUUCUGCGCAGGCACACUGGUGGCAGCCAAAAUGGAUGAAGCCUGGCGGGUGGAGCAUUCAAAAAAGAGGGAUGAGAAGUCUCCCCCGUCCCAAGUUCCUCUGUCAUUCAGCGGAGCAAAGAAAAUAAUACUGUUCACGCUGGAGUUCCUCACGUCACCCGGUCAUGUGAAGUCGGUGCUGCUGGUGGCGUGGCCUUAUGCAGUGGUCGGCGUUGGUUUCUUGGCAUUCGUGUUGCUGAAUGAUGGGAUCGUAGUGGGUGACAGGACGAGCCACGAGGCUUGUCUCAAUUUUCCUCAGCUCUUCUACUUCCUCUCCUUCACCCUCUUCUUCUCUCUCCCUGUCUCCCUUUGUUACCACCGCUCCCUCCGCUUCCUGCAGUCUCUGAAAAAACAACCUCUGCUCUUCCUCUUCAUCACUGGUGUCUUGUUGCUCCUGGUGUGGAAGUUCACAUUCGUCCACAAGUACCUCUUGGCAGAUAACCGCCAUUUCCCCUUCUACGUGUGGAAGAAGCUUUACCAGAGGCAGGAGCUGGUGCGCUUCCUCCUCGUCCCAGUGUACGUGUUCGCCGGGUGGAAUUUUCUGGACUCCUUCAGGUCGCGAUCGCUCUUCUGGAGUUUGGCGUUCCUGGCGUGCCUCGUGGCGGCCACAGUGCCCCAGAAGCUACUGGAGUUCAGGUACUUCAUCGUCCCUUACCUGAUGUACCGCCUGCACAUGCCCCUCCCUUCUCUUCCCAGACUCGGAGUGGAAUUUCUCCUCUACACGAUGGUCAAUGCUGCCACGAUUUACAUUUUCAUCACUAAGACUUUCCACUGGCCGGACAGCACAGCCACACAGAGGUUCAUGUGGUGAAGACAAGAGGAGAGUGAGGUAGUGCUGCUGGUGUCAGAUAUCCAGAGUCCAGAGUUGCUGGACUCAAACAUCGAUUGGUAAAAGGAUUUUUCCAGAGAAGCACAACACAUGUGACAUCUCAAAAGUCAAAGCAGAGCCUCUGUUACAUCCCAGUAACAGACAAGAAUGGCUCAUAUAUUCCUGUCAUGUGUAAUCAACUGGUGUUUCGUCUAAAAUUAGCUACAAUAUUCGUUGGCUACAGCUUGCAUUGAGAACCAGCCGUACUAUUUUUCAAAGUAAACUAGAAUGGAAGUCAGUAGAGCAAAUACUGCCGCCAAGGCCCUUAAAUUUAUUCAAGCAGCACUUACACACACUCAUAGAUAUCCAACUCCUAAAUAUGGCAGAUUUUCUUUUCAUUAAAUCUUUUCCAAAAGUGAAUGGCUUCUUCUUUGGUCCAUGUCCCACUCUUCCACCAAUAACACCAGUUCAGCACUUUUUUGCUUAAUCAAAUCAAACAGACAAAUAAACAGUUAAUGAGUGAAAACCUGUAACACUGAGUUAAAUGUCCACGUUUUUAGGCUUAUAAUGUAUUUUCACUGACAAAGGCUCCAAACCUAUACAAAGUCUGCCAGUUCACUGUGAAUCAGUUCAAAAUUACAUGAACACGACCAAGUAUUCAUUUUGUACAAAUAAUAAUGGAAGUUUUUGGCUCAGAUGAUAAAGUAUCGACUUUGGUACUGGUCUGAAUUUAUUGUAAAGACGUUAUUUCUACUGAACCUGAACUCUUUGUCGUUAAAUGUUGAUUCUUCUCCAGGGUGGAGAAUACAUAAUGUUUUGGUUUUUUGCAGGUGUCUUUCUUAUGGCGAGCAGUUUUGUACUGUAAAUAUUGUGCAGCUCUGUGAAUCAAUGACUUUUGACAUGAAAUAUGUAAAUAUGAAAAAUAAAGAGACCAAAAAUGACAUAGCCAUAUAGAUAAAAUACAGUGUGGCGGACAUUUUUUGCUUUUUGCCAGUGAAGAACACACAUAAUUAACAAGACAAGUUUAAUUAUUAGUAAUUGAAUACAUUUCCCUUUUUUGUACCUUGAUUACUACUUUGCGAAGCCAUAGGGAUCAAGCAGAGGGGAUUCAGAAACAUUCUCAUUCAAAUGUUUGUGACUCGAUGUUUAUUUUGUUUUUGUUUUUUUACGCUUUGUGGUUUAAUGGCAGGAGAUCAUUGUGACUUCAGUGUGUUUCUGUCCAAUGAACUAAUUUAAUUCAAGCUUUGCUUUGAGACUUUCCAGGUUGAGUUCAGUGAGUAAUUUCUCCAAUUUAUUCCCAUAAUCCAUUAUCUGUGUUUUUCACCUGUAUCUGCGACCUUGCUGUGUCUGUGUUUACUUAUUUGUUGCUUAUGUUCCACACUUCCUGUCCAUCCAGCAUGCUGCUCCCCCAUUGAUACAAUCUUAUAUUUUGAAUAAAAUGACUC